GUCACGAGAACCACCAUCGCUAUCUGGCUGUCCGUGCGAUUUCGGCUGAGUAUGUGCAAUUUCGGCGAGAACGUUGCGAUUUCGGCGAGUACGUGCAAUUUCGGCGAGUACGUGCGAUUUCAGCAAGGUCGUGCGAGUUCCGAUUGGCUCAG